UCGGACAUCGCUAGACGCAAACUCAAUCUGGAAACAGCUUGUUCAACGUUGUUCAGCAUUAUCAGUUAUGGAGGUCACCGGUCCUGAUAGUGAUUGGAGGAGUCCAGCCUUUCGACAGAAAGUAGUGGCCCAAAUAGAUGAAGCCAUGAGAAAAGCAGGAACUGCUCACACAAAGUCCAGUACUGACAUGGAGAACCAUGUUUUUAUCAAGGCAAAGACAAGAGAGGAGUAUUUGUCUCUAGUUGCAAGACUGAUAAUUCAUUUUAGAGACAUUCAUAAAAAGUCACAAGGUGGGCCUGACCCUAUGAAUGCCCUGCAAAGUAUACCAGGAGUGGGUGGAGGUGGACCUGGAGUUAUUGGCAUUGGACCACGGCCCCCUGGUGCACAAAUGGGUGGUAUGGGGCCAAUGCAAAUGCAAAUGGGUCAACAUGCCAUGCAGGGAGGCCAGCAGGCUGCAGGUGCUGCCGGGCAGAUGCCGAUGAUGCAACAGCAGCAGCAGCAGCAGCAGUCCAUUCAAUUUCAGCAGUUUCAGUCGCAGCAACAGGCAGUCAUGCAGGCUCAGCAGCCAGCAGCUAUGCAGCCGAAUGCCAUGCAGUUCCAACAGAUAAGGCAACACCAUCAGAAUCAACAAAUGCAGCAUCAGAAUCAACAACAGCAGCAGGCCCAGACUCAGCAGCAACAACAGAACCAGUUGCACCAAACAAGAAUGCAGCAGCAGCAGCAGUUAGCACAAAUGCAGCAACUGCAACAGCAGCAGCAGCAGCAACUGCACCAACAACAGGUUCAUGCACAAGCUCAAGCUCAGGCCCAGGCCCAGGCUCAAGCUCAGGCCCAAGCUCAGGCUCAAGCCCAGGCACAGGCCCAGGCCCAGGCUCAAGCUCAGGCUCAGGCUCAAGCUCAAGCUCAAGCUCAAGCCCAGGCUCAAAUGCAGCAGCAACAGCAGCUUCAAGCCCAGGUCCAGGCUCAGGUCCAAGCCCAGGUCCAAGCUCAAGGUCAAGCCCAGGUGCAGGUUCAGGGAGUGGCAGGUCAGAUGCCCCCUCAUUCGCAGCAGCAGCAAGUCAUGGUGCCCCAGUCAUUAGCACAAAUGGCUCCCGGACAGCAUCAACCCAUCAGCUCACUCAGCCAACACCUGAAGCUCCAGCAGGUAAUGCAGCAGGCGAGAGUAUUACAACAACAGCAACAGCAACAGCAGCAGCAGCAGCAGCAACAACAACAGCAGGCUCAACAGGUCCAGCAGGCAGGCCAGCUCGCCGCAGUUCCUGGCCAGAUGAUGCCCCGUCCUGGGAUGCAAAUUCCACCUCGGUUGCCCCGCGCCACCCCGAACUCUGCCAUUCCUCAAAACCCUGUUGCCAUUGGAGGACAGCAAAUGCCACAGCAAAUGAUGUCAUCCCCCUCCCCAGUUCAGGUGCAGACCCCCCAGCCGAUGCCACCUCCCCCCCAGCCUCAGCCAUCCCCCCAGCCUCCUUCCUCUCAGCCCAACUCUGUCAGCUCUGGUCCAACCCCUUCUCCUGGAGGUUUCCAACCCAGCCCCUCUCCUCAACCAUCCCAGAGUCCUGCAUCUUCACGCACCCCCCAGAGUUACCCCCUCCAGGUACCUUCACCAGGACCUCUCAAUACACCAGGCAAUCCAAGUUCUGUAAUGAGCCCAGCAGGGGCCUCACAAUCUGAGGACCAGCUUUACAUGGACAAACUGAAGCAGCUGUCAAAAUAUAUCGAGCCGCUGCGCAGAAUGAUUAACAAAAUAGACAAAAAUGAAGAUAGGAAGAAGGAUUUGAGCAAAAUGAAAAGUUUGCUCAACAUUUUGACUGACCCCAACACAAGAUGUCCACUUAAAACACUACAGAAGUGUGAAAUAGCAUUGGAGAAACUAAAGAAUGACAUGGCAGUGCCGACUCCUCCCCCUCCUCCAGUGCCCUCUACCAAAAAGCAGUACCUGUGCCAGCCGCUGCUGGAUGCUGUCUUGGCCAACAUCCGCUCCCCGGUUUUCAACCAUUCACUUUACCGCACGUUUGCUCCUGCUAUGACAGCAAUUCAUGGACCCCCAAUCACGGGUCCCUCAAUUCCUUCCCGUAAACGGAAGCUGGAGGAUGACGAGCGCCAGACCAUCCCUAACAUACUUCAAGGGGAGGUGGCUCGUCUUCAUUCCAAAUUCCUGGUCAAUCUAGACCCGUCCUUUUGCAGCAACAAUGGAACGGUGCAUCUCAUAUGUAAACUAGAUGAUAAAAAUCUUCCCAGUGUUCCCCCUCUUCAGCUGAGCAUUCCAGCAGACUACCCCGAUCAGAGCCCCCACUGGGAAGAUGACGGUCAGCAGUAUGAGGCCAACCCCUUCUUGCAGAGUGUGCAUAAGAACAUGACCUCUAAACUCCUUCAGCUUCCUGACAAGCACUCGGUGACGGCGCUGCUGAACACCUGGGCUCAAAGCGUGAGGCAGGCUUGCCUUUCAGCUGCUUAGAAUGUAUUCCCAUCAGCACUAUCAGCCCAGUAUAAUCCUUGCACCUCUAUGGAAUGAUGGCAAUAUAUUAAUACUUAGUCAUUUUUUAUUUACCUGAAUUAUAAUCUGUUUUGUUUAGUCCCGUACACUAAGGCCUUAACUGUUUGUGCAUUGCUUCAUUAAUAAAGACAUUUAAACUGC